AUGGCGACACUACUACAAGUGCAAGAUGGUGAUCAGACAGACCACCCAGUCACUGACGAGCAGAAAGAGGGUAGCUCGACUCUCUCAAGCCCCGAUCCCUUCGCACGGACUGCUGACAGGCCGGGAGAGGUGAUUCCACCUCAAAAGUCUGAAACACCCAUAGAGUCUCACGCAUCCCUCCGGGCGAGAAUGGUGCUCUCGACGGUUAUUGCCCUCAUAACAUGCCCGGCCAUGCUGGCAACAGCGGAAGCAAUACGGCAGGGGCAGGCAAAGGAUAGGCGAGAAGAACACCGUGCCCGACGAUGCAACCUGGUCGCGACAUGCGUGAAGGCGUCGAGCAGAAGUCAAGAGAUUGAUGGUCGACGGAUCAUUUUGCGGGAUCAGAAACUCUAUGUCGACAACCCAUCCACGAAGCCGAGUGGUAUUGGUACUGAUGAUGAGAUUAAUGUCGACGACGGCGACUGCGAACGAGAAAACGCAGACAAGAAACCAUGCCACCACCCCUUUUCUGGAUACUUCCUCCCAUAUCCUGAAACAACGUACGAAGGCCUCGUCUCGACAAUCUCUGACAUCCCGCCCAUGUUGAACUGGAUCUAUGUGGACAAAGACACCUACGAGGUCAAAUACGGGAUCCGGGUAGAUGCCCAGCCCCACGUAACAGGGCCGUGGGAUUGUACAAGGCAAGACCGUCGAGUGACUCUGGAAGGAUGGGAAGGUUUUGUGGUCGUGGAAGAAGAGCCUGGAUUGUGGGCUCUAUAUUUUGAUCGUGAAGAUGAUGGCCUGCGAGCAAAGGUUCCCCAGGGAAAAAGGGUAUUGGAAGUCGAAUUGUGGAGGAGGGAGAAGCGGUGGAAAAAGGACCCAGGCCUGCGGCAGCUGGAGCAGGCGAAACAAAACACUUGA